AUGCUAUUCCUUGUUGUUCUGCUACCAAAUUUGGCCGUCGCUGCGUCGGUUAUCGAAAAUUCGAUUAUUGGCGAUCCCGAGGUGAUUUGCGACGUCCGACAAAUCAAGGUUCGCAUAAAAACCGCAAAUCCAUUCAACGGCAACUUGUACUCAAAGGGCUUCUUUCACAAAUCCGAUUGUCGAAUUCGCGGCGACACGACCGGAUCGGAUUUAGAGAUUGUGAUGCCGGUGGAUUCCGAUUGCGGUAUUCGACGAAAGCGAAUCAUGAAUCCACGUGGCAUUGUUCUCGACACCACCAUCGUCGUCAUGUUCCAUCCAGUGUUCCUAACUCAGAGCGACAGAUCAUAUCGGGUUCAGUGUCAGUAUUCAGAAGCUGACAAGAGUGUGACGAAUGUUCUAGACGUCAGUAUGCAAACCCCAGAAGAUCUACCACAAGCGGUUCAGAAUGAAGUUUUAGAUGGUCCAGUUUUGAGCGACAACGAGCACGGUCAGCCGCUCACCUACGCCACUGUUGGAGACACCGUCUAUCACAAAUGGUCUUGUGAUGGAGAAAACAAGGAAAUGUUCUGCAUGACAGUUCACUCGUGUGUCGUUGAUGAUGGACAAGGAUUCGGGCAAAAGCUGGUUGAUGAAAAGGGAUGCUCUCUGGAUACUUUCAUUCUUAAAGAACUGGAAUAUAGCGAGAAUCUCGUCGCCGGACAAACGUCGAAUGUCUUCAAAUUCGCUGACAAACCUACAGUAUUCUUCUCUUGUAUGAUUCGGGUGGAAAUGAAAGAAACUGAAGCGUCGAAAUGCUUUGAUCCUUCGAUGCAUUGCGUCAAUUCUAUGAAGCCGUCUUAUGAGGAGAAUUCGGUGAAGACAAAGUCGAAAUUCGCCAAGAUGAUUCCUCCAGGAUUCCCAAGACCUCAGAAUAUUACCGAAAAGGCUGGAAGUGACGAGUUUUCCGAGGACAUCGCCGCUGAAAAUGAUGACAAUGAUUUUCCUGAUGAUAAUGGUCCGAUGGAUGUGUUGAAGAUCUCACCAUCAGCAAUGUCGAGAUUGAUUCGACGGGAUUUGCGAACUCGAUAUCUCGCUGACAUCGAUGUCAUCGCGCCGUCAGUAGAAGUAAUGGAUAUGGCCGAAGAUGUUCUAGGGAAUGCGUCUCCAUCGCCUUCGGCUUCCAAGAAAAUUCAAACCGUAUUCAAGAAUCAGAUUUGUAUUUCUCGAAUCGUCAUGUUCCUUAUAAUCUUCAUAACCGUAAUAUUGUCGAGCUGUGCCCUCAUAAUGUUCUAUCUGCCGGCUCCGAUUUUUAAUGGCAACGCGCCGGUGAGACAACCAACGCCGAGGUCUAUCAUCAACAUUUGUGCUGAACGCGGCGAGCCGUCGCCGUCCGUUGCCGCCGCUCCCGGUCCGUGCUACCUCAACCAGUGCUCGGCGCGCCUCACAAUUUCGGUCGACCGUCGUCGCCGCCGCAUCGUCCUCUCCUGA